CCUGCCCUGCGCCUGGGCGGCAGCCUUGCUGGUCUGGGGGGCGCCCCCCGCUUCCCGCCCCGGGGGUCCGCGGCCGGCAGGACCAUGCUGCUGAAAGAGUACCGGAUCUGCAUGCCGCUCACCGUAGACGAGUACAAAAUUGGACAGCUGUACAUGAUCAGCAAACACAGCCAUGAACAGAGUGACCGGGGAGAAGGGGUGGAGGUCGUCCAGAAUGAGCCCUUUGAGGACCCUCACCAUGGCAACGGGCAGUUCACCGAGAAGCGGGUAUAUCUCAACAGCAAACUGCCUAGUUGGGCUAGAGCUGUUGUCCCCAAAAUAUUUUAUGUGACAGAGAAGGCUUGGAACUAUUAUCCCUACACAAUUACAGGUAAGUCCUUAUGUUCCUUUCUGCCGAAAUUCUCCAUUCAUAUAGAAACCAAGUAUGAGGACAACAAAGGAAGCAAUGACACCAUUUUCGACAAUGAAGCCAAAGACGUGGAGAGAGAAGUUUGCUUUAUUGAUAUUGCCUGCGAUGAAAUUCCAGAGCGCUACUACAAAGAAUCUGAGGAUCCUAAGCACUUCAAGUCAGAGAAGACAGGACGGGGACAGUUGAGGGAAGGCUGGAGAGACAGUCAUCAGCCUAUCAUGUGCUCCUACAAGCUGGUGACUGUGAAGUUUGAGGUCUGGGGGCUUCAGACCAGAGUGGAACAAUUUGUACACAAGGUGGUCCGAGACAUUCUGCUGAUUGGACAUAGACAGGCUUUUGCAUGGGUUGAUGAGUGGUAUGAUAUGACAAUGGAUGAUGUUCGGGAAUACGAGAAAAACAUGCAUGAACAAACCAACAUAAAAGUUUGCAAUCAGCAUUCCUCCCCUGUGGAUGACAUAGAGAGUCAUGCCCAAACAAGUACAUGACAAUGGAUGAAGUCCGAGAAUUUGAACGAGCCACUCAGGAAGCCACCAACAAGAAAAUCGGCAUUUUCCCACCUGCAAUUUCUAUCUCCAGCAUCCCCCUGCUGCCUUCUUCCGUCCGCAGUGCGCCUUCUAGUGCUCCAUCCACCCCUCUCUCCACAGACGCACCCGAAUUUCUGUCCGUUCCCAAAGAUCGGCCCCGGAAAAAGUCUGCCCCAGAAACUCUCACACUUCCAGACCCUGAGAAAAAAGCCACCCUGAAUUUACCCGGCAUGCACUCUUCAGAUAAGCCGUGUCGGCCCAAAUCUGAGUAACUUUAUAUAAAUAUCUCAUGGGGUUUUAUAUUUUCAUUUGUUGUUGUUUUUUUUUUUUAAGAAUCUUCUGAUAGAGAAAAAGACUGCUUUGUCACUCAAACAUGUUCCUUCGACCUUUCA